CUUGUUGUUUGUUUACGAGCUGCAAGCGAGAUGCUGUUCCAGCAUUUUUAUAUCAAUUUUUUUAUUUUUCUUUUAUUCCUAUUUUUUAUAUUCACUGAAAGUUCUGUCCCUGCAUUAGUAUGCCUCAGAUGUGACAAGGAGUUUUAUAAAAUCAAGGACGAAUUUGUAAACUUGUUUGACAAGGGACACAAGCUAGAUGCUAUUGAAUAUUCCAAAGCCGGUUUCAUUAAAAGAUUCUUGGAAAAAGUAUUUACCAUGACCUUUGAGGGCGUUGUUUCCAAAAUGGAAGGAAGGACACUGGAUACCCUCGGGAUAGCUGAACUGGCCAAAGAGUUCCGAAAAACAAUGAAAUCUAUAGCAAAUACUAAAGAGACAGGAACCAAACGUAUGAAAGUCAUACAAUCAAACAUACAAGAGCUCCAACGGAAAGCGGAGGCUAUUGUUCAAACGUUUGAGCAAGAACGUGCAUGCCCCAACCUGAAAGGUGGAUUCAAAUGUGGCGUUCUUGAGCAGAAAGUCAUUCAGUGCGGCACGUGCAGGGAGCAGACUCUGCCGUGUGUCGGGGGCUCCAAUGAGAACAAAUGUAACGAUAUUAUGACCAACUGCCUGAUGUGCAUAUGUCACGGAAAAGUAUGUCAGCGUAAGUACUUACAGCUUCCACAUUCAUGUCUGAAUACAAUAUAAUAUAGUAUAAUAAAUAUAAUUAUGUAUACUACUAGCCCUGGGAAAAUGCUUUAUUAAGGAAAGAUAGAAUUCCUGGCAACUUUCCCCAUACACUUUCAUUGGCUUUAAAGUUAUUCCUAAAUGUAAUUGCAAUUGAAAGCCGUGUCUGAGCACCGCUGGCUAUUUCCUGCUGUUGAAUCAAUGUAGCAGAAGGCAGUUCAUUGACAUUUCUCUAUGAAGAAGCAUGUAGGCUAUUGAGGGAUUCCUACAUGGUUUCAGGAGGCAGAACCGGCAGUGCCAAAUGGCUUUCAAUUGCAAUUACAUUUACAGAGAUUAUUCAAAUCAAUAUAAAUGUCAAUUGGAAAGUU